AUGAAAUUCUUGAAUGUCUAUAAAAGUAAUACUUCUCAGACUAGUCUCUUCUCAGUAGAACAAUUCAAAUACAACAACAAUAACAAAGUAUUACUAUCACAACAAACAUAUAGUUACUAUUCAACAACAAGUAAUAAUAAUAAUAAUAAUAAUAACACAACAAUGAACUUAUCAGACUCUGAAUGGAAGGUUAAAUUAACACCAGAACAAUUUAAAGUAUUAAGAGAAAAGGGAACUGAAAGAGCUUUUACUGGUGAAUACGAUAAAAAGUUUGAUGAUGGAGUAUAUGGAUGUGCAGGAUGUGGAGCACCAUUGUAUAGUUCAAAGUCAAAGUUUAAUAGUGGAUGUGGUUGGCCUGCAUUCUUUGAGGCAUUGCCAGGUGCAUUGACCAUCUUUGAAGAUAAAUCACAUGGUAUGGUCAGAACAGAAAUUGUAUGCAAGAAUUGUGGUGGUCAUUUGGGUCAUGUAUUCAAAGGUGAAGGUUUCAAGAACCCCAUCGAUGAAAGACAUUGUGUCAAUUCAAUUAGUUUAAAAUUUACUCCAAAGAAAUGA